CGGCUUUCAGCGCUCGCGCCCCGGCGACUUUUAGCCCAGUUUGAAAAGAAGAAAAGCAGCGAAACGACCAAAGCAGGACUGAAACCUUUCGGGAAUAAGUUAUUGACUGAGAGGUGCUGGAUUCAAGUGUCCAGGGUCAUGGGCCAUCAGAUCAUACGGGACAGCGUGCAUAAUGGAUUUGUAUUUGGAUUUUUUAUUGCUUUGUUAAUAUUCAGUAAACAAAGGCUGAGGAAUCUGAUCAAUAGUGGUCGAAGUCUCCGUAGCUCUUCCACCGCCGUGUGACUUUGUCUUCGCGACCUGCAUUCAAAGAUGCGCGCGCUGCGGGCUCCUCUCGUGGUGGCGCUCGCGCUGCUAGUACUGUCCCAGCGCAUGAGCGGGCGGCCGAUGGAUGAGAAUGUGGACGAGAGCGCGCGGUGCUGCGACAACCUGCUGGAGCGGAUUACGCAGUCCACCUCGGAGAAAGAGCGCGCGCUGGAGCGCGAGGACGCGCACGGGCACGGGCUGAAGACGGAGAGCGGAGAACAAAUACUCGAAAUCUUCCCCAGAGACCUCAGAAAGAAGGAGAAGUUUUUAAAACACUUAACAGGGCCUCUAUAUUUCAGUCCAAAGUGCAGAAAGCAUGUCUACAGGCUCUACCACAAUACCAGAGACUGCACCAUUCCUGCAUAUUAUAAAAGAUGUGCGCGGCUUCUUACUCGACUGGCAGGGAGCCCGAGGUGCCUAGAAAGCUAACAUCACCAGCAGGUUCAAGCCAAACCAGAGCGACCCGGAGGAGGAGAAAAAAAAAAAGUCAAGUGCCUUUUGGAUAUGAGUAGAGAAUCCAAACCAACACUCAGCAUUCCAUCCAAUCAGCAAAACAUGUCCAAAACAUGGGCUCUGCUGCUCCAGAGGACAGAUGGACAAAGGAACAGAAAAGGGGAAUUCAUGGACACUGGUAGAUGGGAACAGACAAUGGAUAUAGGCCUGCAUGUCCCCAGCUUGAAUGUGUGAAGUAGAAAGGAGCUGUGUGGAUAUUAAGGACAUUAAAUAUGCAUUUAACUCAUGUGGGCCUAAACAACUACCAGAAAAGGGAUUGCCUUGACUUGUCCUUUGUCGUAAUAAGAUAAUGACACAUCUUCGUCAUUUUGCUUUCUGUGACAUACCUUGGUGGGGUUGUACUUCACAUUGUGGCGAAGAAAAAGGUGUUUCAGUCAUCGUCUCUUCUGCUUUCACCUCCGAAAGCCACCCUUAACUUAUUUUUCUGCAUGACACGCUUUCCAUUUCGCCUUUGUGUUUACCAACAAGUGUCAGCAAAACAGGCACAUGUGACAAAGUACCUGAGAAUGUGUAUGAC